UAUAUUUUUAUUAUAUAAUCACUUUAUGUUACAAAUCUUAGUAAUUUUCUCUACAAAUUCGGUCAAAUAUGAAAAUGCUUUGACUCUCCAAGAUUACAAUUUAGGACGGAGGGAGUAUCUUUCAAUGGUAUUUUACAUAACGGAUGUUUUUAUGGUAUUUUCCGAAUGUCGUGAUCACUGCUAUGAAACCAAUUUUCCCGAUUACAAACAGUGGCAUUGCCUGCCUGCCUGCCGCCGCCGCCGCUUGUCCACCGCCUGCUUCUUUCUUCCAGCACGCGCCGGGCGCCGCUCUGCACCUCCGGCAAGUGCGCAAAAUCUCGCCCCCAUGGGUCGUCGGAAGCGGCCCCGCAAGGUGCAGCCGGAGGCGGAGCGAGUCGAUCCAGAGCCGGUAGGCGGAGAAGUCGACGACGACUCCACGACGAUGAACCCACCAAAGGCGGAGAUUUCGGCGGCCGUCGAGUGCGAGGAGGUGUCGGAGGCCGACGAGGAGGAUAUCGGUAGACUACUGGAGCCAUUCACCAGGGACGAGCUCUUGGACCUCCUGACCGACGCCUGCCUCCGUGACCCUGCGCUCCUCGCUCGCGUCGCCGCCUCUGCCGUCUCCGACGCCGCGCAUCGCCGCAUCUUCGUGCACGGCCUCGGCCCCGGCGCCACCUCCGCGGCGCUGGCUGCCGCAUUCGUCCCCUUCGGCGCCCUCGACGAGUGCCACGCCGUUGCCGACCGCGCCACCGGCCGUUGCCGGGGCUACGGCUUCGUCACCUUCCGCCGCCGCUCCGACGCGUGUCGCGCGCUCGCAGAUUCUUCCAAGCGCGUGGACGGCCGGCCUGUCGCCUGCCAACUCGCCUCCCUCGGCCCCGCUGCCCCGGCUUCCUCGUUCUCCGACCGCAAGCUGUUCGUGGACAACGUGCCCGAGCGCGCUGGGCGUGACGACCUGAGGGAGCUCUUCUCCAAGUUUGGCGAGAUUGAGGAGGGACCCCUCGGCUCUGACCGCGCCACCGGGCUGUUUCGGGGCUACGCCAUCUUCGUCUACAAGACGCCUGAGGGCCUCAGGAAGGCACUGGAUGAGCCCACCAAGGUGUUCGACGGGUGCGAGCUCCAUUGCCGGCUCGCGCACAGGGCGCGGAAGAGGAAGAGGAAGCAAGCCCCUGCCGCACCCGCGGACAAUGGUGAGCAGGGCAAUGGAGCAGCUGUUACCUUGCCCACUGUCCAAUCCGAGGACACUGCGUUGACACCCAAGCUGCCACUUGUUUGCUCGAACCCACAGAUUCGACUGACGACGAAGGGGAGUAGCUCAGCCACAGCCACAGCUACUGUUGCCUUUCGUCGGAAUGCCGCCACGGCAGGUGGCGCUGGUAUCCUUGGUGCGCCUCCUGUGGUUACUUGUGUUACCUCUUUGCCGGUUCAGAGCACGACAAGGCCGCCUCCGAGUGGAGGUGUAUGCUAGAGCUGGUGCUUCGUCCAUGGUUCACCAUCAUCUCUUCAGGUUCAGGGACCAGGACCGCUGAAGGAUAGCGGUUUGUCCUCCAUGGGCAUUUGCACUUUGGCAUCCCGAACUGGUCGGUGGUCAGCUAGACCAGGCUUGAUCCAGCAUACCUGGGAAGAUAGGUAAAAAUAACGUGGCAUUUUGGUAGGCAAGGAUUGGAAUGGAACAUGACACCGAGUGAGUCAAGCAGGGACUCGAUGCUGCUACUUUCUUACUGAACCAAGGAACUGCAACCUUGGUUAUUUCAGUGCAUCUCAUGAUUUUUCAAUCAGCAUGAUCAAGUGAUUCUAAUCACAGGAGAAGUGAUUGUAAAUUCGUGAUAUCUAGUCAUUAGGGAAAUGCAAUUUUGUAAAUAGUUUAGUUUGCAGAGCAAGCUCGUGAUCUGACUGUUAACUGAAUGCAUCCUUUCUGAAAACAGGGAAGGGAAACCUUGGACUUGUUUAUCA